AUGCGCGGAGCCGCCGGGCGCGCUCUGCCGCCGCUGCCGUCGCCGCCGGUGCUGCUGCUGCUGCUGCUGCUGCUGGCGGCGGCGGCGGGGCCGGGAGGCGGCGAGGAGGCGAUCCAGUGCCCGCCGUGCUCGGAGGAGCGGCUGGCGCGCUGCAAGGCGCCGCAGGGCUGCGCGGAGCUGGUGCGGGAGCCGGGCUGCGGCUGCUGCGCGACCUGCGCCCUCGGCCGCGGCACCGCCUGCGGCGUCUACACCGCCCGCUGCGGCGCCGGGCUCCGCUGCUACCCGCCCCGCGGCGUGCCGCGGCCCCUGCACACCCUCAUGCACGGCCAGGGCGUCUGCACAGACCUGGCCGACGUCGAGGCCAUCCAGGAGAGCCUCCAGCCCCCAGAGAAGGAGGAGGUCGACCACCCCAACAACAGCUUCAGCCCCUGCAGCAUCCACGACCGCAAGUGCCUGCAGAAGCAGCAGGCGAAGCGGGUCAACAACGGCAACAAGAUGCGCAACAGCGGGAGCCCCUACCACCGCGAGGAGACGCGGCCCAUAGCACAGGGCUCAUGCCAGAGCGAGCUGCACCGGGCGCUGGAGAGGCUGGCCGCCUCGCAGACCCGCACGCACGAGGACCUGUACGUCAUCCCCAUCCCCAACUGCGACCGCAACGGCAACUUCCACCCCAAGCAGUGUCACCCGGCGCUGGAUGGGCAGCGGGGCAAGUGCUGGUGCGUGGACCGCAAGACGGGGGUGAAGCUGCCGGGUUUCCUGGAGCUGAAGGGGGACUUGGACUGUCACCAGCUGGCGGACAGCAUGUGAGUGCG